AUGGCUGACAAUACGAGAGCCCAUGCUAAAGUGUGCAAGAGACCAGCUCCACCUCCGACCAAGAAACAGAGGAUGGCGGCGCUCAAGCCUGCAGCCAAUCCCAAGCCUGGCACUUCAACCAACCGAACAAAGGUGGUGACAGGAGCCAGAUCUUGCCGUAACCUUCAUAUGGAGAUGGUUCCUGCGGAGGAAGAGUGCCUUAACUCGAGUGCUCGGGAUGAAAGAUACAAAUCCACAGACAAUAUUGGUCCUCGUUGGAUGAUAUGGCGCAGAAGAAGGGAUGUCUUCUGCCUUUUAGCAGUUUUUGGCCUCAUGAAUGUUUCAAUGCUGCGUUCAAACCUCAGUGUGGCGAUCGUGGCAAUGACAUCAGACCGCCGUGUUACACUGAGUAAUGGAACAGUGAUACUUGCGAGGAGGGACUUCGACUGGGACGCGGCGACGCGCGGCCACGUGCUCAGCGCCUUCUUCUACGGCUACGCCGCGACGCAGGUGCCCGGCGGCUGGCUGGCCAUCAGGUUCGGCGGCCACCGCACGUACGGCGCCGGCAUGCUCGUGACGGCUGUUGCCACGGCGCUCACCCCGCUGCUGGCCGCCGCGCACGUGCACCUGCUGGUGGCCGCCCGCGUCGUCGUGGGGCUCAGCGAGGUGAGCGCGCUCUCCCGUCUCCCGUGUCACACAAGAAGAAACCCCUCUACAUACCCGUGCUGGCAGGGACUCACGCACCCUGGCCUGGAGAUCCUGAUCGCGCAGUGGUUCCCGACGCCCGAGAGGAACCUCCUGGUGGGAGUGCUCAUGACGGGCUCCACGCUCGGCAUCUUCGUGUCCAUGGCCACGUCGGGGUACGUGGCCAGCUCCUUGGGUUGGCAGUACAUCUUCUACAUGACAGGUGCAAUGUGUACAGUAUGGGUGAUUUGCUGGUGGUUUCUAACAAGUGAGAGUCCCCAGACUGAUCCAAGGAUUACCUUAUCUGAAAUGAAUUAUAUUCGGAAGCAUGCCACAACUAUCGAGUACAAGAAAAUGGCGCACAGCGUGCCCUGGCUGCGGCUGCUGUCGUCGGUGCCGAUGUGGUCGGCGGUGUUCGUGAUCUUCGUCACGAGCUGGAACUUCAACGUGCUGUCCAUUCAGAUGCCUUCCUACUUCAAAGAAAAACUUCACAUCAAGCUCCAAAAAGCUGGCCUCUUCUCUGCGAUACCGUAUGUGUUCGUCACCUUGGUGUCUCUUGUGAAUGGCUACCUGCUGGAUCUCGCGCUGGCCAAGAAAUGGCUCACGGCCACACAACUACGGAAGCUGACCGUCUGUACGGCACUGGUAGGCACUGCCUGCACGCUGCUCAUCUUGGGUCACGUGGAAAUGAAAUCGCCUUUACCGGUGGUCUUAUGCACAUCCGUGGCUGUGGCUUGCGACUAUUACACUUCCCUUGCUAUCUACCUGAACUUCCUCGACCUGGCGCCGCAGUUCGCCAGCAUCAUGACUGGGAUGGCGCACGUGGUGAGCAGCUGCGGCGCGGCGCUCACCACCGAGGUCACCGGCCACGUCGUCACCAACAAGACGGACGAGGAGUGGCGCACGGUGUUCGACAUCAGCAGCGGCGUCGGCCUGCUGGGCGCAGCGCUGUACGGGCUGCUGGGCUCGGGCGAGCUGCAGCGCUGGGCGCCGCGACCCCGCGCGCCGGACGAGAGCAGCUGGGCGCAGACCACUGACGCUCACUCGGGGCAAUAA